CAAGAAAAUGUCCUACAAUGGAAAACAAAGUGCAGAGAAGUGGCAAGACAUCUUGAAGGAGAUACGGUUCUUGCGCAAUCUCCGUCACCCAAACACAGUAACCUAUAGAGGAUGCUACCUCAAGGAAUCUACAGUAUGGUUGGUAAUGGAAUACUGCUUAGGAUCGGCAUCAGACAUCAUAGAAGUUCACCGUCAACCCCUUAGAGAAGAAGAAAUCAGUGCCAUUUGCGAAGGCUGUCUCUCUGGUCUUGCAUAUCUGCAUUCGUUGGGAAAAAUUCACCGUGAUGUCAAAGCUGGAAAUAUUCUACUUACUGAAAAUGGCACUGUAAAACUGGCUGACUUUGGUAGUGCAAGUAUUGCAUCACCAGCUAAUAGUUUUGUUGCACCAUAUUGGAUGGCUCCAGAGGUAAUUCUAGCUAUGGACGAAGGACAAUAUGAUGGAAAGGUAGAUGUGUGGUCCUUAGGCAUCACAUGCAUAGAACUAGCUGAGCGCAAACCGCCCUAUUUCAACAUGAAUGCCAUGAGUGCCUUGUACCACAUCGCCCAAAAUGUUGCCCCCAAAAUGUCCUCCCAGAAUGGUCAAAGGAAUUCCAGCAUUUUGUUGAGUCAUGUCUGCAGAAAGAACCCACCUGAUCGCCCUACCUCUGCUAGGCUUUUGUCGCAUGAAUUUAUUUUGAGACAUCGGUCGUGCCACAUCAUCCUAGAUCUAAUUGCACGUACAAAAAAAGCUGUGCGUGAAUUUGAUAAUCUAAACUAUAGAAAAAUGAAAAAGAUUCUUCUAUAUGAAACGGAAAGUCAGCAAGGUGAUGUUGAAGACUCCACAGAGGAAGAUGCGGCCGGUGGAGACAGCAGCAAGAGUAACAGCAUCACGUCAGAACAGUCGGUCCAGUCAGCCGGGGUCAGUCAGUCAUCCCAGUCCCAGUCAUCCUCAACCAACUCCCUCCAUCACCAUCACUUACUUCACCAUCCUCAUCUCCCAUAUCAGACACCUCAGCCAAUGUUGCAGCAACAGCAUUCGCCAUAUAUAGCUCCUCCAGAAGUGCCACCACAUCAUCACCAUCCGUCACAUCAUCAUCACCAGCAGCCACACUACUCUCCACAGCCACAGCAUCAUCCAUUGUCAUAUCACCACACUCCAACAACGCCUUCAAUCUCACCGUCACCGUCUUCUUCAUCGUUACAAGCAGAUUUAGGUAUACCUAACAAUAAUCACCAUCCAUUAACACCACCAUCAACACACACACAACCAUCAGUCAUUGAUGCUGCAACCAUGUCCACUAUCACUAGCACUAAUGUAACAUCCUCCACCACUCCUACCCUCCUUCUCCAGCUUCCGGGGCAGAAUGCCCCCUCCUCCACCACCACCAACAACAACGCCACCAACAACGCGUCUUCUACCGUCAAGUCGCGCCGUGGACGGCCGAGUGGCAACCUUGGCGACCAGGGAAACAGCAACUUUGCAACCAUAAAGACGACGUCCAUUGUCAGCAAACAGCAAAAGGAGCAUCUUCAGGAGGACAUGCAUGCUGCUAUGUCUGGAUACAAGCGCAUGCGGCAAGAACACCAACGUGCUCAAGCCAAGCUUGAAGAAAAGUGCCGGGUUGAGAUGGAGAACCACAAGCACUUGCUGGAUAAAGAGUACGAGGCGUUACUAACACAGUUUAGUAAAGAACUGGAGAAACUCAGACAGAAACAUGAGAAAGAGCAGGAAAAGAAACUUGACAGCUGCACUGUGGCAGAGAAGAAUUUACAGAAGGACAUCAAUGGUAGACAUGGUAUAGAACUUAAACACUUCCAGUCCCAGUACAAGAAGCAGUACAAGGAGAAUAUAGAAAAAUGGAAGAAAGAACUUUCACAAGAUCCAAAUACUCCCAAAAAACAGAGAGAAGCACAGCUUCAGAGCCAGAAAGAAUACCUUAAAGCUUCGGAACGUCAGGAAGAGCAAAAGUUGGUGCAACAGCAAGGUGAAUAUUUGCAGCUGGAGACUCGCAAGUUCCGUCGACGUGGUCUCUUGGCUUAUUAUGCCAAGGAACAAACACUUCUCAAGGAGGAACUCACAAAGAGAGAGCAGCAGCUCGAAGCAGCGCAUUCCAUGCUUCUAAGGCAUCAUCAGUUAACACAGGAUUUGGAAUACCGACAACAGAGAGCCAUUCAUGCUUUAAAGGAGGAGCAGAUGAAUAAACAACACCAGACGGAAUUGAGUAGUCAACAUGAGUAUAUGAAGAGAGUGGAGAGAGAGCUGAGAAAAAAGCAUGCUUUGCAACAAAAACAACAACCUAAGAGCUUAAAACAAAAAGAGAUAGAAAUACGUCGGCAGUUCAGGGACACUAUCAAUAUACAGCGACAACAGUAUAAGGAGUAUAAAGCACAGAUCUUAUCUAAGACACCUAAAGAUGAACAACGGGCUAUAAUCAAGAGAUUAAAAGAUGAUCAGCGAAGAAAACUAGCCAUGCUUGCUGACCAAUAUGAACAAUCCAUUGCCGAAAUGCUUCAGAGACAGUCUCUUAGGCUGGAUGAGAGUCAGGUAAUAGAGCAGCAGCAGUUAUCAGAGAAGUUGGAUAGAGAAUUAGAAAUGCUUACUGAAUACCAGACCCGCAACCGUCAACACGCAGAGGCCCAGCGUGACCGUGAAAAGCGAGAGCUGGAUGAGAGAGUUGCUCUAAGAAGAACAUUAUUGCAGCAAAAGAUGAGUGAAGAAAUCGCAAGGUUCCAGCGUGAGAAACAGGAAAGGAUACGUCUCAUGCAAGAAAAGCAAGCACGAGAAUUAGAGGAAUUUGAUAAUGAGUCAGUAAGGCUAGGAUUUAGUCCCCUGCAGAUGGUUGAGUCUUCAAGUGAGCGAUGGCCAGAGGAAUUUAAUGUGUCAACAUCCAUGCUUUCCUUAUCCCUCCAACCAAACCAUUGAAUAACUGGUUGAUUCCUAGCUAGCUGUAGGAAAUGUAAACAUUUGACAACCCUGUUCUCUCUAGGCUAUAUUGUUUUCCAUGUAUGAAUAUAAAUUUGAGCUCUUUGUAAUAUGUAAUUAGCCUUAUUUAUGAAAUACUAAUGUCACCUCCAUAUUUAUUUGUUGUAUAUCCAGAUAAUGGUUAGGAUUUCCAAAGUCUGGUCCAUGUAUGGCCGGAAUUUUUCCGUAGAUGCCUGGGCCCCCAAGGUGCUCUCGUGGCCACAAUGCCAGUGUGCUUUAGAUUCCCCUCCCCUGUUAAGAAAGGUUAGAUUGGCAUUUCUAUGAUGAGCAAAAAUGGUUCAGUUUCUAUGAACUUCCAUCUCAUUCGUUGAAAUGGCUGUUGCUUGCAAGAUAUAUAAAAAAGAUCAGAUUUCAUUACUUUGUUGAAUAUGUUAGUAUGCAAAGAAAUGUUUAUUGAUUUCAUGAGAACUAGACUGUUAACAGGGCCAGCUCUUUCUGGUUUAGUGUAUAUACUGUAUAUGAGGAGACCAGUAAAUGUGAGCUUUAGAAAGUGUUACAUAUGAGGAGAGCUUUCUUUAAGCAAAAGAAAUCUAUCUUCACAAAACACUGUCUCAAUCUUGUAUUAACUGUAUGUUAUGGAUAUGUAGGUCUUUUCAUGACAGGACUUCUGAUUCUUCUGGUGAGCUUACAGGCCAAAAAUUCCUUUUUAAGUCAUUAAAUGAAACACAGGAUCUAAAAAAGAAUUUCUGUCAUUCAGUCCUGUAAGCAUUAAUCUGCUUAUUACUUUUUCUUUUUACUAUUACAUAUAUUAAUCACAGUCAUGAUAGAACGUGAUGAAACAAGGUAAUUUAUAGUACUCUACUCUCCAUAUGCUGGCCAAACCCCAAUAAUCAUUCUCUUUGGCACUGGAAGGAAAGCAAAGUCUGAUGGUCUCGGUUGAAAUAGAGAAGCCCUCUUUGCUCAAUAUAUCAUGUAACAAGAUCAGUGACUUUGAGCCAACAAUUUUCUUUUUUUUUUUUCUUUUUUCUUUUUUUUUGUAAGAUUUGAGAAUUGUCAUACACAAAAAUUUUCUUGCAUUAACAUCGUGUUUCUUAGGCUCAUAAAUCGGUGAUCCUGUGUCAUGAAAAUAACCCUCUAGCUUUGUGUGAAUUUGUUGUCAUCAUUCUUUUUGUGGCAUGGUCAGCCAUUAUGAGCUUUUGAGGAACUGCAUAAAAAUGCUCAUAUUAUAUGUAUUUUGUAUAGGAACUUGUAAAGUGGGGGAACAUGCAUCUUUUAAAUGAUCCUCUUCAAGGAGUUCCUCUGUACUAGCUUGGUUCUGGUUUCUCAGACAAGCAUAGCAUGUUGAACAGUUUCCAGGAAGUGUUUCCCUAGUCAGAUGAAGGUGUUGUCCUCAUCAGAAAACUGUUUUUCCAUAGGAAACUUCAUACUUGAAACUUCUCUUUUUUCAUGAGCUUAUCUUUUCCAGUUAUAAGGGGGCAAAAAUAGUGUCAUUGGCAACUUCAUCUCGUUUCCUUUCCAUAUUGGGCCCUUGUACAAAAUUUGAAAAUGUAUUUUAGGCUCAUAGUUGCUGACAUUUUCACAAAUAGGUUGAAUCACUAGCAGUUCUGAUGAUGCUCGUUCCUCACACCUGUAGCAUGUGGACCAUAGUAAUAUUUGUGUCAGCAGCCAAAAGAAAAAGAUAUCUAAUAGGAAUUUUAAAGUGUGGCUUAGCACAAAAUUGACGAAAGCAAGCCACAAGUCAGAAUGAUCUGUAAGAGACUUCAACUUUUGUGUAAGAAUUAAUGCUCUAGCUGUGUUAACAUGGAAGUCCUGUUGGUCAUAUUCGUCCUGUUUGAGUGAAAAAAAGACAAAAGUCACUUCCCUCCUCCUCUCUUUUGUGUAAUCUACAAGUUUUAUUCAACUUUUGUUCAAUGGUUUUGACUUAGGAUACGGACACCAUGGAGAUCGCUAGAUAUUGUGAGGUUUCCAUCACAAAGGGGAGGUGAUGUCAUUCAAGUAUGCUAAGCCACUUGCUUCCCUAAGAAGGCUCUGCUUACAAUGCUUUCACACCCUUGUGUGAAUACUACAAGGGGCAGUAUAUGUGAUGAACCAGCCUGUGCUGGGAAAAUGAGCAUGGAAGCUUUCAUUUCUUUUCUUUUCUUUUAAGACUCUGUUUCUGAAGUUAGUUAACAGUUGGAACCAAACCUUUUACUUCAUGUGUUUGACAUGAAAUGGCACUGAUCACAAAGAUGAAACUUUUCUUGUAGACAUUUGGUAAUUUGCACAUGAAUGUCACAAAGAAAACAAUAUCCUUGACAAUUCGACCCAGUAGCAGCAUUGGUUCACCAGUCGUGAGUCAUGGUUGGCUUCGUGCUGACACUCUCAGCCAUUAGAUAGGCCUAGGCAAGUUGUUUGUAUGUUGCAUCAUUCCAACCUUUUAAUGUGUGAAUGGUUUGUAUAAUUUUUAUCUUUUUUUUAUUAGUAUUGUUCAUCAUUAUUUUUUUAUUAGCCUUUAACUCUCUAGGUAAUGUACCAUUGUUUUGAUGCUCAAGUUUAUAAAGUCUAAAGAGUAUUCAAAUGCUUCCAGUAACAGGAACAUGCACUAAGCUUUCAGUGACAUUUAGAACAUAGUUGUUGGAAGCAAACUCUCUUUUAUGAUAAGACAAAAAAUGAUCACUUCCUACAGCAGGGCAUGUUGGUUGUUUUGUCCAAAAACCUCCUUUAUGUAAUAAAUGCAGGUUUUUGUUCAUCAACUGUUAUUAAAUCUCAAAGUAGAUUCAGCACUUACAUUAAAUUGCAUGCUUGAAUUUCAAACAAGAGAGAGCAGUAUUAAAUCUCAAACUUGGAUUGUUAGUUAGUCAGUGUGUGUGGAUUAUGCAGGUGAACACAUGUGAGUAUGUUUGAGACGGGUAUCCAGUCCCUACAGAAUCAUAAAUUACCAUGUCUAUUUCCCCCCACCCCCCCUAUUCUAAUGUAGAUGAAAGCUGACCAAAAUUUCAAAAAGUGGCAAAUCUCCAGUGUAAUACUUCUUUUAGACAUGUAUUAUGAUCCCAAAGAGAGCAAACAUGCCGGGACGAUCCAGGGUCAUGGAGUAGGUGUACUAGACCCUCACAUGCGUGCAGUUUGUCUAGUUCCCAUCUUGCUCGUUCUUACCUUGACAUAAUUGUUUCAAUUAUCUGUCUUGAAUCUUUAUUGCUUGUACAUUGUAAAAUAUUGUACACAGUAUUUUAUUUACUCGUGAUAUUACCUAUAUCUUCAAUCUGCUGCUGUAUUGAUUAUAGUGAUCAAAGUAUUUCUUUUGAGCUGCAUCUCUAACAUUGGUUUUUAGUUGUCUAAUGUUUCAUAUUGCUAUAUGAAUUUGUUUUCUUUGUUUUGGUUUGUGACGUGACAUAUGUGUAUCAAUGUGUUUUAUAUAGUUGCUUAUAUUGUCUUGCCUUUUUCUUUAGUCUCCAUUUUUAUUAUAGAUAUUAGUGAUGAUUUGUGAUAUUGAAUUUCUGCAAUGGCCAAUUUCAGACUGAGUUUCAUUCAUUUUUAAGGUUCACAGAAAAUACAGUUUCACAGAAGUGGAGACUAAGGCUUACUGUUGAUGUUCUCGUCACAAAAAACAAAUUAUUUGUAACUUCUGUUGCCCCAACUCUACAUGACCGACUCACUGCAUUCAUGUGUUCCAUUUUACAUUGUAGUUAUGGAUGUAGCUUCACAAGGACUUGAGUGGAAGUUACCCCACCUCCAUCCUUUUUUCUUUUCCCACUUGGAUGCCGCAUUCCACAUGUUGUUUCCUAUCCUUUGUAGAAGCUUCAAGUAAAAUAAAUGAAUGUAGUAAUUGUUUCCCAUUUAAAGAAAAAAAAACUUCUUUUCCAUUUUUCCUUUUUGUUUCUUUCUUUUUACUUUUUUCCCCUCACUAAAAUGUGUAUAUAAGAAAUACCAUGUAUGUUGUUAUUAACUUAUUACAAUCACUAAGAAUACCAAACAUCCCACAUCAGAUAUAGUGUAUCAUUAAAUCCAUAUUAUACUUAGUUAUUGAACUAUUAAAGUUACAGUAGUAUUUCACUUAAGAUGUUUAUGAAGCUACCUACUCUUUCUGGUCAGUGGAAUAAAAUAUGAGGUAUGCUGAAAAUAGUAAAGUCUGAUAGAAAGUAAUAACUGUCUACACCAACAAACACUUCUCACCAGCAGGUAAUGACUAUAGGAACAUUCAUAUUUAAACGCUAUCAGUUUACCUCACAAUUAUAGCUGAAUCCUGUCAUGUUCUGCAGUGUUGAAUCUUUAACAUAUUGUUUUAUCGUGUAUUUCUUUGCUAAAUACUUCAUGAAAAGGAGAUGUUUUAAAGAUUUUCAUAUGGUCUUCAUUUAGGUCUUCUUCUCUUUUUGCCUUCUUUAUUUACCCUCUUUUUUUAUCAUAUUUGCCUGAAUGUAAUUUCUUUCGGUGUAGCUAAAUAUCUUGGUUUGUAACUUAUGAUUACUAUUUCUCACAUGCCCUUACUUGCCAUGAUGUACAUACCCUGUCAAGUCCAAUAGCACUUAUCCCCUAUUUGUUUGAAUUGCCUGUAUUUACCAUAUCUUUAAAUCUAUCCAUCAGAAUUAUAUAUAUAAAAUGCUUUAUAUAUACUUUCUUGCAUACCAAAAGAAAAAAACCUUUCUGCUCCUCCCACCUUUCCUCCUUGUUUUCUUUUUUUUCCUUCUUGUUUUAACCAUGUGAACUCUGCUGUAGUUCUUAUCCCUCUCCUACCUCUCCUCCCCAUUCUUAUUCAAAGUUCACAUCUUUACCAUGUUGUAGAUUCAUCCUUCAUGUUCCUUAACCUUUUACAAUUUCAUGAUCUAAGGAAAUAAAAAGAAAGUCAUAAGUAUUAGCGGCGUUACAAACAUGUGGUAUGAUCCUGGCAUAUCAAGAUUGCAUUUACCAGCCACCAUGAUGGAUAUAUGGCAUUCGACUGUAUACUUCUACAUGGACACUUCAUUUCAGCAUACAAAUGGAUUAAGAGGAAAUCUUGUAAUUGUAAGAAGUGCAAUCCUAUCACCAUUCAUGACCUUGGGUCCAUUCCCCAAGCCUCCUCAGAAAUGGGAUGGUCGUGCAAAGUUUACAGUCGGAUAAUUCCUCACAUUCGUACUUGUGAAUUCCACUAUAAUUCAGAUAAGUGAGGAUGCAUUUUUGUAUGGGUCUCUGUGUUUGUAAUGUUAAAAAUUCUGUGUCUGUAUAUAUUAUAAGAAAAUACAUGAUGCUUCCAAAA